GCCUGCGCCGGGGAGUCCGGGACGUCGGCGCGGGCGGAGGGCGGCCGGCGGCGAUGGGCUGCUACUGGGGCUUGCUCGUCGGCCUCCUGGGCGCCCUGUGGCUGCUGUGCUCGGGCCACGGCGAGGAGCGGCGGCCGGAGACGGCGGCGCAGCGCUGCUUCUGCCAGGUUAGUGGUUACCUGGAUGACUGUACCUGUGAUGUUGAGACUAUCGAUAAAUUUAAUAACUACAGACUUUUCCCAAGACUACAAAAACUUCUCGAAAGUGACUACUUUAGAUAUUACAAGGUAAACCUGAAGAAGCCCUGUCCUUUCUGGAAUGACAUCAACCAGUGUGGGAGAAGAGACUGUGCUGUCAAACCCUGUCAUUCUGAUGAAGUUCCUGAUGGAAUUAAGUCUGCAAGCUACAAGUAUUCUGAAGAAGCUAACCUCAUUGAAGAAUGUGAACAAGCUGAGCGGCUUGGAGCAGUGGACGAAUCUCUGAGCGAGGAAACUCAGAAGGCUGUUCUUCAGUGGACCAAGCAUGAUGAUUCUUCAGACAGCUUCUGUGAAGUGGACGACAUACAGUCCCCUGAUGCUGAGUAUGUGGAUUUACUCCUUAACCCUGAGCGCUACACAGGCUACAAGGGGCCGGAUGCUUGGAGGAUAUGGAGUGUCAUCUAUGAAGAAAACUGUUUUAAGCCACAGACAAUUCAAAGGCCUUUAAAUCCUUUGGCUUCUAAUCCAGGAAAAAGUAAAGAGAACACUUUUUACAGCUGGCUGGAAGGCCUCUGUGUAGAAAAGAGAGCAUUCUACAGGCUUAUAUCUGGUCUACAUGCAAGCAUUAAUGUGCAUUUGAGUGCAAGGUAUCUUUUACAAGAUACUUGGCUGGAAAAGAAAUGGGGCCACAAUGUCACAGAGUUUCAGCAGCGCUUUGAUGGUGUUUUGACUGAAGGAGAAGGUCCGAGAAGGCUGAAGAACUUGUACUUUCUGUACUUGAUAGAGUUAAGGGCUCUGUCUAAAGUGCUCCCAUUUUUUGAGCGCCCAGAUUUUCAGCUCUUCACUGGAAAUAAAGUUCAGGAUGCAGAAAACAAAGUGUUACUUCUGGAGAUCCUUCAUGAAAUCAAGUCAUUUCCUUUGCAUUUUGAUGAGAAUUCUUUUUUUGCUGGGGAUAAAAAUGAAGCGCAUAAACUAAAGGAGGACUUCCGACUACAUUUUAGAAAUAUUUCGAGAAUCAUGGAUUGCGUUGGUUGUUUUAAGUGUCGACUGUGGGGAAAGCUCCAGACUCAGGGUUUGGGCACUGCUCUGAAGAUCCUGUUUUCUGAGAAACUGAUAGCAAAUAUGCCAGAGAGUGGACCAAGUUAUGAAUUCCAGCUAACCCGACAGGAGAUAGUAUCCUUGUUUAAUGCAUUUGGAAGGAUUUCUACAAGUGUGAGAGAAUUAGAGAACUUCAGGCACUUGUUACAGAAUGUUCACUGAGGAGGACAGCUUGAAAGGUGCCUGUUUCUGGACGGGGGAAGCCAAAGAGCUGAAUCUCUCUGAGCAGCAUGACUGCAGUGGCCAUCUUAAGGCAAACAUUUCUAUAAAGCUGCUUUUGUAAAAGGAGAAAUACAUUGUUUUAAGUAAAUGACAUUUUUAAAAAUUGUGUUCAUGUUUAAUAUUAUUGUGAAUAAAAGUAGUAUUUUGAUAAUGUACAAAUUUUAAUACUAGACAAAGGUAAGAUCACCAAAAUCCAUAUGGUAAAGCUAGGUGAAUGAUGUCUUAAGCCUCUCAAACUAUAUUUGUAUUUACAAAGGUGUGAUAAAAAUAAAGUUAACUGUGACAAGUGCUGGGUAGUAAAAUUCUAAGAGGCUCACCAAUAACCCAUGGUCAACAGCCUAAAAACACCAAUGCAUUUUCAUUUGCCUCCUUUGCAAAGAAACUGCAGAAUUCCCAGUUAGAUUUGAAUUUUAGAUAAGCAGCUAGUUUUCUUAAGUGUAACCGUGUUGUAUGCAGUAUUAGGGCCAUAUUUAUACUAAAAGUAAUUCAUUUGUUUUAAGUUCAGGUUUAACUGGGAGGCCUGUGUUUUCCUGGCAACCUUAAAAAUACACUGGUAUGAAACAUUCCUUUUAGAGUUAUAUGGCUAUUUUGAUUGUGCUGUUUUGGUAUGGAGGGAAGUAGACCAACUAUAAGGCACAGGAGAUUUCUAAACAUUGUAGAAAGAUGAAGAGAUAUAUUUAUUCUCAUAAUACUUCCCCUAAUAGUAGAUUUUUGGGGAAAAUUUUAUUUUUAUAUAAUUUCAGAUUUACAGAAAAGUUUCAAAAACAGUGCAAAAAAAUCUGUUUUACUCAAAUUCACUGAUUGUUCACACAUGUGUUUUACCUCUCAUCCUAUCCCACGCUGGGGAUUGAGCCUAGAACCUCAGGCAUGCUGAGCUAGCCCUCCACCCCUGAGCUGUGUCCUCAGGUCUUGCUUUAUCUUCUGUGUAGACAUAGAUACCCUGUUUUUAUUUAUUGUUUGAAAACUAGUCAUGGGCUUCAUGUGUUAACCCAAAAUACUUCAUUGUGAUGCUCAGCAGUCUCCUAAAAGUGAUUUUUUGUUUUUAAGGGAAAACCAAACCUUACUAAUCUGAGCUAAACUACUAUAAGCCUUAGAAUAAGGAAAUAUCUCAUGUCCUAGUCACUUUAUUUUUGUUGCUUUUCUAACCUGGGUAUACAAUUCAUGUUUUUUAUACAUGAUUUCUUUUGCCUCCAUAAAAUGGAAUUGUAACCUGGAUAGGUUUUCAUUAGUGGAAGCUUUUCAUUGAGAACAAUAUUUGAAAUGGCUUAAGAAUUUAUAUCACAUGGCAAUUAUAAAUGCUGUAGACCUCAAAAUUAUGCCCCCUUUAUAUCAUAUAUAAUGUCUGAGCAGUUAGGGCAGGUUGGGAUGUCACUUAAGAAAAGCAAGAUUUCUAUGUGUAAUGGUCAGAAAAUGUCACUUUACACUGCUGUGUAUCUUGUCCCUAAGACUUGGUCCAGUGCCAAGCACAUAGUUGGUGUCUAGUAUUUGUUGAUUGAAUGUGUAAGUAUGUAUUUAGUGUACUUUAUGUGAAUGAUCAUAGAACUAUGUUUAACAACUUGUCUUUUCCUUUCUCAUUUCCCUCUUCUUUUGAAUAGGGUAGCAAAUGAAAGAUGUCAGUCCACUAAUUAAAUCUGUUUUCUUGGGGAUUCAUAUUACUAAGUGAUUACCAUAUACAAGGUAUUUUAGCAGCUAGUUUUUGAAAACCUCACUGCUUUCACUUGCUGCCUCCACUUGAUUGGCCCUGUGUCCUCUGUCCCUCCAAAUGCGGUUGAACAGCUUAGUUCUAAGUCUGCAGUUAACACACCAGCUGUUUCUUGAUUGACCUUUUCCUGCACUUGACACUCUUGACAAUCUCUUCCUCCAAGUCCCUACUCCCAUUGUGUCCUUGUGUCUGGUCUGCUCCUGGAUGCCUUUCCUCUGGUCUCCUCAUUGACCCUGACUGUCAUUCCUGACUUCUUGUUCUCAGUCGCCACUGUGCUUCACUCUGGGCUCAUUUCCAUCCAGUGAUGACCAACAGACUUCAGCUCAGACUUAGUCCAUUUUCCUGCUGGACUGACUCACUCCUGUGUCUGCUCCUUACUUGGUUAAUUUCAGAGCCAUUGUUCUGUACAAGAUUUUAUAGUUCAUUCCUCUUCCUCCUAACUAUUGGUGUCUGAAUUCUGCUGACUUCACCCCCAUCUUUCUGAGCCAUCGUUCUCUCUCAUUUUUGUUACUAUUACCCAAAGGACUACCCAUGUCUAUUUCCUCAUCUUGGUGGCCAUAUCACCAGGUUCGGCUUUCUAGAAGAAUUCAACCUAACACCCACUGGCAAUUUUAAGAGCUUUCUGGUGAGAGCUUUUACUUGGUGUCCAAGAUCCUUCUCUUGUCUUUGCCACUCUGUUCUGAUAAGAGUGUUAAAAAAAGGUCCAGAGUUGGAUGGUAGACACUGUAUUUGCAUUGAGAAACCCAGGCUUCUUCCCCACCUGGGAAAUUCCGUGCAUUGUUGAAAUUACAUUGUCCCCCUUCCAUGGUCACCACUGUAACUGCAACCUACCUCUACUGAAUCACUUAUUGUACUGUAUGUUUUACUUUUUUAAAGUGUCCUUUACUAGAAUGUGAGCUCCCUAGGGGCAGGGAAAGAAACUUAAUUUUGGCAACUCUGUAGCAUAAUGUUUGGCAUAUGAGCAUUUAAUAAAUGUCUGUUGUGUUAAUUGCUUCACAGUGA